AUGGAACUAUUAAAAUCAAGUUUCACUUUAAACAUAGAGUGGGUAUUAAAUAAUUUAACACAGCAAAACAAACUUGAACCAAUAUACUGGUUCAGAAGUCAAUCAAAUAUACAAUCGCCCGAAAUUGACAUAACUAAUGAAGAUCAGGACAAGCCGCAUAAUAGUUGUACAGCCGGUGAUGAACAAGAGAGAACUGAAACUGAUGAUACUGUCGAAGAACAACUCAUUGAAAAUAAACAUAAAAGGAAAAGAGAAACGUCCGGGUUUUCUAAAUCUGAUAAAGAUAAGCCUGAAGUUUCAAGUUUAUUCAGUCCUUUAACAAAGAGAAAUAUACCAAAUGACACACUAUUAAAAUUAUUACAAAACAAGGAACAGGAGAGGCAACAACUCGGGAAAUACGUUGACAAAUUAAUGGAGUCCAGUGAAGAAAACGAAAUUGAUCUUCUUUUCAAAAGCUUAGUUGCUACGGUUAAAAAAUUUCAGCCUGAUGAUGUAAUCGAGGCUAAGAUGAAAAUUUUUAAUGUGGUAACACAAAUUGAACUAAGAAAUCAGAAAGCAAGAUGUCUUCCUUUAAUGAAAGUUAUACUCGACCUAGCUCAGCAUUAUCUUCUCACACAUAUGUUUCCAAUACGUCCCUGGCUUCACUCACACCGAAUAUGA